UUAAACGCGUCACCUCUGAUCUCCAUUACUACGUAAAUAUUCUCCUCGGAUUAGAUCGACAAAAGCAGAUUAAAGUUAAAAGGUUAAAUCUUAUGUGACUCCGUUCCGUUCAAGAUUUUUGGCUUCACGCUCAAAAUCCUACGUUUCGUGCUGAUUCGUGGAGUUUGAGGAAGCUUUGUGCACUGUUCGUUCGACUUUCAGCGGGGCUGAAGCUUUGCGAGACGCUGGAAUUGAAUGCUCUCAACCACCGUCACAUGCAUACAAAUGGAAGAGAGAGGGAGAGGAGCUGAGUCAGAUUGCAUGGUCAACUGAUCAACUUUCUGGCAGACCAAUCGCCGACCGGAGUUGUUUUUGUUCUGUCGGGGGGAGAUUUCGAAUGUCAUGUCCGUUCCUGGUGGAGGGUUCGAUCCGCUGCUGAAGGAUUUGGAUGAGAAGAAGCAGAGCUUCAGGCGGAACGUGGUGUCGUUGGCGGCUGAGCUGAAAGAUGUCCGCGGCCGCCUCGCGUCUCAGGAGCAUUCCUUCGCCAGAGAAAACCUCACCAGACAGGAGGCGCAGAGGAAAGUGAAGAAGAUGGAGGAGGAAAUAUACAGGUUGCAGGAGAGGUUAGAGGAGAGGGAUGGGCAGCUCCAGGCUUCGGCCUCUGCCGUCGAGAAGUACCUCGAGGAAGCAGAUGCUCUUCGGUCACAAAUUGCUAGUACUCAAGCAACUGCAGAUGCAAGUGCGGCGUCAGCUCAAUCAGCGCAUCUUCAGUGCUUGGCACUCUUGAAGGAAUUGGAUCGAAAGAACACUUCCUUGGAGGAGCAUGAGGAACGAGUGAAGCGCUUGGGUGAGCAGUUAGAUAAUCUGCAGAAGGAUCUCCAAGCAAGAGAAUCAUCCCAGAAGCAGCUAAAGGACGGAGUUCUGAGAAUGGAGAACGAUAUUAUGCAGACGCUUGCUAAAGCUGGGGAGAGCAAAGAUUGCGAACUCAGAAAGAUAUUGGAUGAGGUUUCCCCGAAGAACAUCGAGAAAAUUAAUAAGCUUUUGAUUGCAAAGGAUGCAGAAGUAGGUAGGCUGAGGGAUGAAGUUAGGAUCAUGUCCGCUCACUGGAAGCUCAAAACUAAGGAAUUGGAAUCGCAGCUAGAAAAGCAGAAGAGAACAGAUCAGGAGCUGAAGAAACGAGUACUGAAACUGGAAUUCUGUCUCCAGGAAGCUCGUUCUCAAACACGGAAGCUUCAACGGAUGGGGGACAGAAGAGACAAAGCUCUCAAAGAACUGAGAGACCAAUUAUCAGCGAAACAGCAAUACCGCGACCCCAAGGAUAAUGGUAAACAGAAUUUCUGGGAUACUCCUGCUUUCAAAGUCAUAGUAUCCAUGUCAAUGCUGGUCUUAGUAGCCUUCUCGAGGCGGUGAGCUCUCCAGUCAGUUGAUGAUGUCGUCUCAACUGCCCAAAGUCAUCAAUGCAUACAAAGGGAACAGUAGGUCCGUUCAGUAAUUUUCAGGAAGCAUUGUAUACUUCAUGUACAUUCCCUUUGCUUUUAGAUCUCAAAGCCAUCUCUCCUGCGUCACUGCACCGAACACCCUCGGAUGUCUUCCCUAUGAAAUUCCAACAUUACAUAAUCUGAUGAAGAUUGAAUAGUCGCAACCGCGAUCCUGAAAUCUCCUUUGAUGUAAACCGAAAUGUCACAGCUUGUGAUCCUGAAAACUCCUUUCGGAAACAAAAGCAGAACACUCUUGACCGUGACUUUAA